CCCCACUUUGGGUAUCUCCUCCCUUCAAAUUCUUUCUUUGCCCUUCCUAGUCUUGCUCAGACACACAGACUGAACUGGAGAAAGCAAGCAGGGAGAUGGCUCUUCUCCAGUCAAAUCAGGAUGUCAUUUCCACAGCAUUGCAGGAGUUUAGCAAAUUGCUGAAUCAGCAGGUCUUCACAGAACCUGUGAUCUCUGAGGAAGACAUGGUCACCAUCGUGGAUGACUGGAUAAAGUUCUACCUUUCACACUUCUCUACAAAGAUGUCAGGAGAUCAACAAGAACAGGAGAGAGCCCUGGAGAAGCUGCAAGAGGAGCUUCGGACUUCUUCCAACCCCUUCCUGGAGAAGUACAGAGCCUUCCUGAAAGCCCUUUGAGUUCCCAUGUCUUCCUUCCUUGACUUAGGUUUUCACUUCCGGUAUGCCCCCAAAGCCGAGCCCCCUCUACUAAUCUUUUCCUCUCCCCUGAAACCCUGUUGUACCUCGGUUUCCCCGACCCUAAAAUUUAUACCUCAAUAAAUUCACACAUGGGAAUGUCUGA